GUGACCGCGGCCCAGGGGGUUGAAGAUGGCGGCGCCCGGGAGCUCUGAGCCUGGCUGGGGUCCUGCCCGCUACUGCCUGGUGAGCCACAUCCCGGCCGAGCUCCGCUCCGCCCAGCUCCGCUCCUACUUCAGCCAGUUCGCCGAGGCCGGCGGCUUCCUCUGCUUCCACUACCGGCACCGGCCCGAGCGCAGCGGGCCGCCGGGGCAGGGCCCGGCCACUUGCUGCUGCCUGGUAGCGGUGCGGCCCGGCCAGGCCCGGCGGCUGGUCCGCAUGUACUCGGGCAAGCGCUGGCUGGAUGCCCAGGGCGACGGGCUGCCCGGCCGCUGCGUGAUCCGCAGGGUCCGAGUCUCCCCGGGCACAGGCUUGGGCAUGUUACAGUAUAAAACUAAAAAAGAGCUUCAUAAUAAGACCCAGAGUGAAACGUUUACCCAGGCAGACUUGAAGUGGCUGCCUGAACUGAACCCCCCUGUGUUUAUGCCCCAUGGGAAUGUGGGAACCCCUCUGAGAGUCUUUCUGGAGCUGAUCAAGGCCUGCAGGCUGCCUCCCCGAGUUAUUAAGAAACUGCAGCUACGAUUCCCCAAGACAGGAUCCUCUCGCAGGUAUGGGAAUGUGCCUUUUAAAUAUCAGGACACUGAGACUGUUGAACAAGAAGACCUGGUUUAUACAGACACGGGGGAGGAGAUCACAAUGGAAAAGGGACACCUGGCAAGAACUGGGAUGACUCAAACUAGUGAUGAGGAAGACUGGGAAGGACCAGGAAAGGAGGAAGCAGAAGAGUCUCACUCAGAUGAUGAUGAUGAUAGGUGCGAGGAGUGUGAACGACAUGAGGCUCUGCAUGAGGAUGUAACCAGUCAGGAACGCACAGAGGAGCGGCUGUAUGAAGAGGAGAUUGAGCUGAAGUGGGAGAAAGGAGGCUCUGGGCUAGUCUUCUACACAGAUGCUCAGUACUGGCAGGAAGAGCAAGGAGACUUUGACGAACAGACGGCAGAUGACUGGGAUGUGGACAUGAGUAUCUACUAUGACAAAGGUAUCGCACUGAAGCUCUCUGCUCUCUGCCCACACCUCUCUAGGUACCAUGGAGAGAAACUGCAGACUUUCAACAAGCCGAAAAAACCUCGCCGGGAUGGCCCCAUCCUCAUCUCCACAAUCUACGACGAGCCCCAGCCUGUAGACGGUGGGGACCAGCUACUUCGGUGCCAGCUGCCCACUGCCAUGAAGUACAGACAAGACAUGGCAUUUGUCCGAGCGACUCAGAGUGCUCACCAGAACCCCAGUGGCUCAUGAGAGUUGCUGCUGAACAGACUUUUUGGGAUUCAUUCAUUAGAGCAAUAGCAGAACCUUUAUAUUGGAACAGCCUCUUCUGUGC